AUGAUAAAAAACUAUCAUAUACAGUCUCCUAGUCAAACCCAUUCUGAAUAUGAUGAGUCCUUUUUCAACGAUUCCGUUGCCCACUCGAGCAUUUUGGACUACGAUUACCCUUCUUUUGACAGUUUAAGGGAGGUUGAGAUUUCUGAUUCUGAGCUCGCCAAGUUGUGCCUCGAAUACUACUUCAAUAGCUCUUUCGAGAAUGUUGUCCAUGACAGGCCUUCUUUUUUCCUUUUCCGGGCUGAGGUUCUUCUUAACCUUCGUAAGUACAAGGAUGCUCUUUCUUCCUGUCUUUGUUUCGAGAUUUGUUCGUCUCCGAAUUUGAUUUCUAAGGCUAUUAAAAUGAUCUGUUUCUACCAGUUAAACUAUUCCAAGAAUUUUACUUUACUCAAGGAUGAGCUGAUGACUUCCAAUCUCGAGUCUCUUUCUGACUCUCUUCGUAAAACUGUCAUUGGUACCAUUCAGGUGUCCGCUUGGAUUCCCGAGUUAAUGAACUGCCUCAAUAACAUGAAAAACACCAAAGAGUAA